AUGGAUUUCCCCCAGCACAGCAAGCAAGUCCUGGAACAGCUGAACCAGCAGCGGCAGCUGGGUUUGCUGUGCGACUGCACCUUCGUGGUGGACGGCAUCGACUUCAAGGCCCACAAAGCUGUGCUGGCGGCCUGCAGCGAGUAUUUCAGGAUGCUCUUCGUCGACCAGAAGGACGUGGUGCACCUCGACAUCAGCAACGCGGCAGGCCUGGGCCAGGUUUUGGAGUUCAUGUACACGGCUAAGCUAAGCCUAAACCCCGACAACGUGGAAGACGUGCUGGCCGUGGCAGGGAACCUCCAAAUGCAGGAGAUCGUUAGCUCUUGCAACGCUCUCAAGUCCCUCGCCGUGCCGGCAGAAAGCCCUGCCAAGAGCCAGCAGCCCCCCAGCGAGGUCGGGGCCGACAAGGCGGCUGGCGAGGACAAGAGUUCGACUGCAGAAGCACUGGGUGAUCUGGACAAAAUAAAACCACUUCCUCCUGACCCAGAGGGGAAGGAAGAGACGCCCGCGGCCGCAGCAGCACAGCCCGAGGCGCAGACGGAGCAGCUGGGUGGCCAAGAAGGGACGGAUGUUGCCAUCCAAGAGGGCCCCAACACCGAAUUUCCCAGCCACCCGCAGCCGGCGGAGAGUGUGGUCAGCAGCAGCAGCCCCGCGGCGAAGGGCAGCGUCUCUCCGGGUGCCGAAACGGGAGGUACGGAGCUGGAAGGGAAGGAGGAAGAGGGGGAGAUGCUGGCAGAGGACGAAGAGGAGGCAAAAAUCCCCGAGGAGGAGCAGCCCCGGUUAGAAAACGGAGAAAACGCCGAAGAUAACGAAUCGGGAAGCACCGACUCCGGGCAGGAGAACUCGGGUGAAACCCGUCUGCUGCGUUCGGGUACUUACAGCGACAGGACCGAGUCGAAAGCCUACGGCUCCGUCACGCACAAGUGCGAGGACUGCGGGAAGGAGUUCACCCACACCGGGAACUUCAAGCGGCACAUCCGUAUCCACACUGGCGAGAAACCCUUCUCCUGCAGGGAGUGCAACAAAGCCUUCUCCGACCCGGCUGCUUGCAAAGCCCACGAGAAGACGCACAGCCCGUUGAAGCCCUACGGCUGCGAGGAGUGCGACGACGCCGUGAAGCUCUUCCCCCCCUCCGGCAACCUCAAACGGCACCAGCUGGUCCACAGCGGGGAGAAACCGUACCAGUGCGACUACUGCGGGCGCUCCUUCUCCGACCCCACCUCUAAAAUGCGGCACCUGGAGACCCACGACACUGACAAGGAGCACAAGUGUCCCCACUGCGAUAAGAAAUUCAACCAGGUGAAUUUGGGGGGAGGAAAAGCCGGACCCACGGGGGUUCGGGAGGGAGGGAGGCCUCGUCUGCUCUCAGGCAACCUGAAACGGCACCUCCGGAUCCACAGCGGGGAGAAACCCUACGUCUGCGUCCACUGCCAGCGCCAAUUUGCCGACCCCGGGGCGCUGCAGCGGCACGUCCGCAUCCACACUGGAGAGAAGCCGUGCCAGUGCUUGAUCUGCGGGAAAGCCUUCACCCAAGCGAGCUCCCUCAUCGCCCACGUGCGCCAGCACACGGGGGAGAAGCCCUACGUCUGCGAACGCUGCGGCAAGAGGUUCGUGCAGUCGAGCCAACUGGCCAACCACAUCCGCCACCACGAUAACAUCCGGCCUCACAAAUGCACCGUCUGCAACAAAGCCUUCGUCAAUGUGGGCGAUCUCUCCAAACACAUCAUCAUCCACACCGGGGAGAAGCCGUUCCUGUGCGACAAGUGCGGCCGGGGCUUCAACCGGGUGGACAACCUGCGCUCCCACGUGAAGACGGUGCACCAAGGCAAGGCGGGCAUCAAAAUCCUCGAGCCGGAGGAAGGUGACGAGGUCAACAUCGUCACGGUGGCUUCUGAUGAUAUGGUGACGCUGGCCACCGAGGCGCUGGCCGCCACCGCUGUCACACAGCUCACGG